GCUGAGGGAUUUGACCACUUCUUUUCCCGACUCGGGCUGCGCCAUGGCGCCUUCGAGCCUGGCUGAUCCGCGUCUGCUUGCGGGAGAGCGUCUUCGCCUCCUCCUUUCGUUCGACUCCCGGCCCAAGCGGGCCUGUUAGUACUGGGGGGACCCCAGUGCGCGGGCUGCUGGCGGCCCGAGAAAAGUUGUAUCUGCAUGGAAGUUCGUGGAGAUGCUUUGCUAGUUUCAGCCUCAGAAGCAGAAUGGUCCUUUUUUGACAUCUCUCUCUCUCUGUCAUCGUAUCUUGUGGUAACAGGAUCCCUGUUUUGGAUUUCCGUAUAGUGAAAGACGUGGAGUUCCAGUCAUGACUUCAAGAAGAACAGAUGUUCCUGCUAUUGAGCAUGGCUCUGAAGGGCUUCUAGGAAAGAUGUCCCAGCCAAUUGGAAUGUACCGUCGGGCAUUUAGUUACGAUGAUGCCCUGGAGGAUACAACACCAAUGACCCCUCCUCCUUCAAACAUGUGCUCAAGUAUCCUGUGGAAACAGCCAGUCAUCCCAGACCGAAAAUAUGAAGAGCUUUCCAAGGUUGAGGAAGGGGAAACUAGCAUGCAUCCAUCUACUAUAACCCCUUCAGCUUCCACUGAGACUGUGAACAAGGUUCCAGUGGUGAAGGCCAAGGCCACCCACAUCAUCAUGAAUUCUCUUAUGACAAAACAAACUCAGGAGAGCAUUCAGCGCUUUGAGCAGCAGGCAGGGCUGAGAGAUGCCGGCUACACUCCCCACAAGGGCCUCACUGCAGAGGAGACAAAAUACCAUCGGGUGGCUGAGUCACUCCAUAAUCUAAAGAUGCAAAGUGGAGAAAUAGCAAAAGAAGAGAAACAGGCCUCUUCUGCCCAAUCCACUCCAAGCAGCACUCCACAUUCCUCUCCCAAGCGCACAUACAGGACCUGGUUUAGUCAGGGAACAUCUGCUUCCAUCACUGGUCCAGAUCUUGUCUCCAUGGAUUCUAGCGGUGGUGACAGCGAUAAAGCAUCCUCUGAAAAAUGGAGCCUCUUUGGACCUCGAGCUCUUCAGAAAUCCACUGCUGACUCAGGGGGCUUUACCAUCCAGGCCUACAAGGGUGCCCAGAAGCCUACCCCAAUGGAGUUAAUGCGUGCUCAAGCCACCAGGAUGGCAGAGGACUCUGCAACAUUCAGGCCCCCCAAGAUGGACAUUCCAACUAUUGAAGAAAAGAGACGUUCCCCACGUUCUCAUAACAUCAGACCACGAGACAUGAAUGUGCUUACUCCUACUGGGUUCUAGCAACUUUCCACAUGGAGGCAGAUAAUGUUCUAAAUAUUUAAUAAUGGACAAAAUGGUCCAGUGCUGUUUUUCUACAUUCCACUCUAAUGAGCUUCUGACACCGGUUUCCUAGCUCAAGAGUUGCACAUGGUCAUGAAAACAAAGGUGUGGGCAACCUAAUACCUUUCUGAAUCACUUGCUUUUCCCAAAGGACCAUUGUAUUUAACACCACCAAUAACCUAUCCUGCCUCUGGAGUUCUGACAUAAAGCUCUAUGCUACUAUAUACACCUAAGUUUUAUAAAGGGAAACCGCCAGCCUACUGGAGCUCUUUUGACGUGAAUACCUAGGGUGCUCUGUCUGGCUGUUGCAUAGGCAUCUGUUUAUCCAUGCCAGGGUACUGGAGGACAAUAUAAAAUUUUUCUACUCUAAAUAUCUCUACUUUGAACCUUUAGGGGAGGUCUAGCAUUAAUUGAAAUUUAGUGAUCUGUCAAGAGUUUUGUUCUCGGAGGCAUUAGUCUCUUCACUUGUAAGAGUCCAUGUCUAAAGGCAUUAAUUGUUAGAGAAUGUUUCAGCAUGAAAAUAAAAUUCUCUUCUAGGACUGUGGUGUGAGUUGCAUAAUAGUGUUUGGGACAUAUUAUAACCAGUGUAUUUUGGGCAAGGUUCCAUUCUUCUGGAGUACAAUCAUUGCUUUGCUUUCUUAACAAAAACAGAAUAAUUGCUGUGACCGUUAACAUCAGGGACCCCUAAUGCCAUUUUGUGGGAAGAGCAUGUGAACUAGUAUUAUCGUUCUUGGGAAAUAAACUGGCUAUUCUUAUUCAUGCUGCAUUAGCAGAUACUGGAAUCCAGUGAAGCUGAUAUUGUUAGACAGCAGCACAGUGCACAUUCCCAAUAACUGUGGGUGCAAAUGCUUAUUUUUACAGAGUUCUAUUGUUGGAUAUAUUCUAAGCAGUGAAUAGUACAAUGCUUGCUGUAUUCUGUCCACGCUCAGGGGCAAUGAAUUGUUGUGUAAAUUCUGAGCUACAGGUUGGCUUUCCAGAAUGAGAUGACACGCUCAGAACAUCCAUCAUAUAGAAGCUCAUUAUUUGUGAGCAUGCUUACUGAGACUUCCAGGCUAAUAUUUUUGUAUGCCCCAAAUGAAAUCUGUUUCCCAUCAGAAUCCAACUAUUCCUUCUACAAACUGUGGGUGAUACUGUAGUUAAGUGAUUUGAUAAUAUUUCGCCCAGCUUCCUUUUAUUCCCUGACUGGAUUUCUAAGGUGCCUUGAUAGCACCCCUGGAUCUGUCUAGCCUGUUGGCAAUUACCAUUGCUGCUUGCAUGCAGUAAAUAGUAAUCCCACUUCUUGGUUAUUGUUUAAUUUAUUUUGUGAUGUUUUAUGUUCAUGUCUCACUGUGCCCAACA